AUGGCCAUGACCUCUGCCGUCGCAGUCUCUGAUUCUUUGGUUGCUCGUAAGCCUAUGACUGUGGGCGAACUCCGGAAUUCGCCGGGGGCUUCCAAAUAUUCGGCGGUAUGCGCGUUGUGCCUUAUCGGCUGCAACGCAGCACAAGAAUUCAAUAGCUGCCCGUGCUGCCAACCCCGAGGAGAUUGCGAUAAGCAAUGCCCGAAUUUCGGAUAA